UGUGAAGCCUCUAUCCCCUAUAGACUAUCACAGGAUCUUUCGAUCCCAAUUCAUCGCAUAUGUGGUGUACUGUGACUCUUUUUUUGGAGAUCGGAAAAUUAAAUGGAGAAAUCAGCUAGAAGAAGAAUUUAAUUGGUUUUCUCUCAAAUCAAUUGCGCAAUCGCACUGUCGACGCGCGAUUUUAAUGCGCAGCGGCCGUCAAAUCCAAUGCUUAAAGAACGCACCCUUUGUGUGUGAUAGCCUAGAGGCACCAUGCACGUAAAAUUCAAAUUCAAAUAUCCGUCGGGACGCAAUGAAUGUUACUACUGGCGUACGAGUAAGAAUAUAUGACGAGGAAAGGUGCAUUCACGAGCACGAGACUGUCCGGUCUGAUGGAGACGACCUGAGGACUUUAAUACAGAAUCUGCGGGAUAUGCAAUCGGAGAUCAACUGUUUUUUAACCACACUUAUUCAACGGCGAGAUGUGUCCAGUGAAAUGAUGAAUCAAUCGAUCUCUUCGGACAUUCAUUCGGAUUCCCUCGAAGAAGAGGAGGAGAAGGAAGAGAAGAAAGAAGACGAGAUACGGACUAACCCCAAAAAAUCCAAAUUGUCUUAAAUUGUGUAGUUCAUUAAUAAAUAUUACACUGUUAAUACUUCAAUAUAGCGUACGAAUGUCGGUUUUAUAGAUAUGUUCUCAUUUCCAAUAGUAGUCAUUUCCAAUUGCAUGAUUCCGAAGCGUUAUUUUUUUAUCGAAUUCUCUCUGUACCGAUGACAGCUGGCUAGCGGCUAGAGUGCGAUAACACGCGUUUCCUGCUUGAGAACAAUAGCCGUUAACUGUCAAGUAACGACGACGAACGUGGCGGUGCGAACAGCCUGGCCAAGACCCCGCGUACACGACUCGGUAAUUUGCCUACAGCACACCUGUCAAGUCAAUUAUUUUUCCAUUUCCGUUCGAUAUUCUACAUAGAUAUUUCUCAGAUCGUCUAGCUACGUCUAUCGAGAAUGGCGUUCAUAACCUAGCGAGAGCGCGUUCGCACAAUCUUUUCCUCCGAUAUUACAUACUGCUUCUAUUCUUACGGCAAUAAGAAUAUUUUUGUCGGCUAA